UCAAUCAUGUCAGUACUUUCUUUAGAACUACACAGUUAACACUAGACUAGUAGACUAAUACAAUAUUUUGUGAACUAUGGGGACAAAGGUAGAAGUUAUAGCCACAUGUCCAUUUUGCGAUCGCCAUGUUUCCCGAGACCUAAGACCAAUUAACAUGCUAUCCGCCAGUGAUGCCAAAAGGAUAUCUCAACUGAUAAACAAGGAACCACCUUCGAUUCAGUUGGACUGCCCGGAGAAAGUGGUUGACGGAUUGAAAAAAUGUGAAGAUUCUAGAUGCAGAAACGGGCGAGUCUUGAAGAGGAAGGUGGAAAGUCGAGAGAGUUCGGGAUCUGAAGAUAGCAUUGAAGAAGGUCCAAGUUUACAGCAGAAAUUGGGAGGAAAUUCUUGUUCACAGGAGAAACUGGAAGAAGACUCUUGUUCACAGGAGAAAUUGGAUGGAAAUAGUUCACAGUCGGAGACGGGUUCUGCAGAGGACGAUACAUCAGAAAAUUCUGUAGACGCGAUAACUGAAAACAUUUUGGCUUUGGUCGAGAAGGAGUUCGAACGUGAUCCGGCAUGCGGGGGAUCGUCUAAGAUUUUGAGAGGAAAUGCCGAAGUAAUCAUGACCAUGUUGACAGAAGAGCAGGUUAUUAUUGACAAGAUUGAGAAGCAGGCAGCGCGGGCUUGUCAGCGGGACACUGAAGAGCCCCCGGCUAAGCGGAGAAAGUGUUGAUUGAUAGAGAGAUUUAACAACAUUACAUUAUAUUAGACAUUGGUUAAAUAAAACAGUAAAAUUGUGAGGCCGCCCA